GGAGAGGUCAAGCAGGGGGGAGGGGGGCUUUAUGCAGUGACCACUGGGACCAUGGAUCUGGUCAUUCUUUCUCUAACUCUCAUUUAUCUGUCUUCUUUGCAGGAAACCAAAAAAAUGUUCAAGGCGGCCAAGAAGACCAUCUUUUCCUGUUUCAGAGGCUCCAAACAGGACGAUGAAAAUCUCGGAAUUCCUCCAAGCACGGUAGAUGAAGAAUUGGACAUACCACCCAUUCUUUUUGAGCAGUCACAAUUCAGCAUAGAGGAGACGUCAGUCAAAAUGAAGGUAGAAGACACAGAGGCCCAAGGAAGCAACAUGCCCAAACAAAAUGUGGUAAGAAAAAAACAUAUGUGGAAGAAGCCACUUUUCCAGUGUUUCCAUACUAAAGGUGCUUCCUUUGUUUUUAAUCAGGAAAUGCAGCAGCUUCCAGUUUCACCAGCCCCAUACGUGGUCGGUCCUGAUGAGGAAGGCAUGGUCACCCAGUGGUCUUCAGAUGUGAGCUAUCCUCUGUCCAGUUCAACAAGCACGGUAGAUGAAGAAUUGGACAUACCACCCAUUCUUUUUGAGCAGUCACAAUUCAGCAUAGAGGAGAAAAAUGAAUGGGUACAUAAAAUGUGCCAGAAAUUCACCAGUCUGCCUUCUCAAAUGCGUGACCAUAUGACAAAGACCGUGGCCCAGAGGCAUUUGCUUAGUGUUGUAGAACAUUGCUUUGAAUCGGACGAAGAUGAGUGUAUUGAGUUCUUGGCUGAGAUUGUUAAAUCUCCAAAAUGCAAUCUGGAUAUCGUGAUCCGAAUGCUUUAUGACAAGGCAAAAGAAGGCAGCUGGCUUCCGGAGGAGGGAGUGCAAAAGCUAAGUGCCAAGGUCAAGGCAGCAAGAUACCUGAUACCAAUCAUAAAGUGUGUCUGUGAUCCCAGAAGGUUAAUGUUCUGGUAUGAUUUGUUAUGUUCAAUGUACGUGGACAUUUGGAACAGUCAGCCUCGCAGAUCUGACGAAGAUGGUGUCAAAAACAUGGAAAUAUACCUUCAGCCAGGGGAAAUAGUACACAUUAUCAGAAUUCUGAAAAACAAGGAGGAAGAAUAUAUGAGGCAGAUUUUACCAGAUGUUGCCAAUUGAACCAAAUGUUGCUUUGUCCAAGUUUUCUACUGUGCUGCUACAAUCUAUGUGAACUUGCUGUGUCUGUGAAGGAGGCCGAUCCCAUCACAACAUCCACUCAGCCUGUGUUGAGCCAGAGUCUUGUCCUUUCCCUAGCUCUACUAGUAUGCAAGCAUGGUCCAGGAGGGCAGUAAAUCAAGCCAGGAAGAUGGAAUGAGACAAGCCAGGAUGGAGGCUUCCUCUCUCUCUUAAGCCUAUUGGACUUAUCUGGUUGGGAAGUUUGGCAGCUGGGGUGAGUUUGCAUGUUGACAUUUAUAGCAUCACCUUCCAAGGGUAGUGGAGUGGGAUGGAGUCUCCUUCUUUGGAGGUCUUCAAGCAGAGGCUGGGUGGCCAUCUGUCAGGGAUGCUUUGGUUGUGAUCUCCUGCAUGGCAGAGUGGGGUUGGACUGGAUGGCCCUUGGGGUCUCCUCCAACUCUAGGAUUCUGGGAGAGGAAGGAAACAGCCCAGAAAGGCCGAUUUCUUUCUUCCCUCCUGCACUUAGCUGGGUAGAUGUUUUGGCUGUUGGGCUGGGAAGACAAGAGAGCAAAGCAGAAGCAUUAAUGACUUUGUCCUUGUAGGUCAAAAUAGUAUACCGUCCUUUCCAUAUUUGUGGGGGUUAAAAACACCCAUGGCCACGGCUGCUCAUGCAGCCGGCCGGCUACCCUCUUCCUCCUCCAUGGCAUUAUUCCUAGACAGGCAAACUUAUAUAUUAUUAAUAAUAAAAUUAAAAACCAAGGGAAACUGAUAUAUAUUUUAGUAAUAAAAUUAAACAAAAAUAAAAUUAAAAACCGAGGUGUCGCGGCAGAGAGAGACGCAGAGACAGGAAUGGGGGUGCAAAGCUUCUCCUGCUCGCCAGGUCUCGGCCAGCCCUCUUUAUUCACAUCAGGGACACAUUAGGUUUCACAUUAUCUCACUGUACAUCAGAAGGCAAUUAAAGGAAUCAGGGACCAAUGUGUACUUAAGAGAGUUCUAAUUAGCAAAGGGGAGCAAGAUGUGUACACUGUCUCAGCCGAAUCAACAUGGGCUUAUCCAAUUAUGGAUAAAGCAUUGUCUACCAGAAGGUGAGUCAUGAUCUCGUGGUUUGCCAGCGAGGCCAUCACAUCCUAUUCUCGGUAGACAUUGCUAUCCUGGGAGGGGGUGCACCCCCUGGGCUUUCCAGGGGAUGCCACACCGAGGGAAACAUAUAUUUUAGUAAUAAAAUUAACCAAAGAUAAAAUUAAAAACUAAGGGAAAUUCCUCCUUUUCUUAUUACUGCUUUCAUCUGCAAGAUGAACAAAGUCAAACAGUACUUCUGCCUCGGUCUCCACCUUUCCAGCUCCACACUCAGAAUGUCUGUCUGGCUCAGCCAAGAAGGAAGAGAGAAAUGGGCCUUUCCGGGUCAU